AUGCGUGACUGGAAGACUGCGCUGAUGGAGGUGAAGCGCCUGUACCUGCUUAAGCAAACCUUUCUGACGUUCUAUGCUGCAAUCUGCUACGAACUUUUGGGCCGGGCUGCCCAUAUCUACUCUGCGAACAAGGUGUUCCUCCUGUGUCUUGCUUUGGAGAACUAUGCCAAUUGCGCUGCUGCUCUUCCUCCCCUUGUGAAUCUACCUCGGCUUCCCAAGGUGUCAGAUGAUUUUUCAUGGCCGCCCACUCCUGUCAGUGUGGAGGAAUCCCUGGCUACGUUUGAGCCUGCUAAAGGAAUACCUUAUGAACGUGAGUCGAUGAUGUUGAGCAUUACUCGCAUGAUUGAUGCGUCUAUUUCCGGCCUAGACGAUCCUUUCCUGGACACUGUUGAUGAGACUUAUGAUUCAUCCCCAUCCCGCCUUCGCAGAGCGCUGGAGGAGAUCCAUACUGAGGCUCUUAAGCCUCGUCCUCUUCUCAUUCGUAAGGCUUCCGGUGAGGUCCCUGUCGAGGUACCUGCUGAGAAACACUUCACAAAGUUCGCCAGAAUUUCAAUCCACAGUGAGGACAGCAGCCAGACGAAGCGCAAAGACAGGUUCCGUCCUCCACGACUGCCACUUAAGGUCAUCCCAUCUUCCCGCCCCAAUGCUCGCAUGUCCGAAUCCCUCUCGCCUAAAUCCGAGCUGUCCUGUUCAUCUACAGCUACCACCGCUAUCCUCUCCCCCAUGACUCCAAAUCUUCAUGUGCCAUACUCCACGCCACCAUCGACACAGCCCAGCAUAAAGUUAGCCGCAAUCCCCAUCGAGAACCUGACACCCACCCAUGCAGCCCAAAUCGUUCGCUCCAACCGUGGAAUCGCCUUCCUCCGCGAACAGGUCACCACUAGUAUCUUCGAAAUCCGGCAGCAAGUGCGAAAGGUCGAAAAUAUUCAGGAUAUUCAUCGCAACCGCAUUUCCAAACAUGCAUCCUCCUUCUGGAGCUUUGAUCCCAUCCUUCCCGAGACUGAAGAUAACAAGGCAUCCCAUGAGCUCGGGCGGAUUGUGGGUGAGUUUGGAAACAUCCUCAUCAAGGAAACGAUAGACCAGCGCAUUAUGCGUCUCCGGGCUGAGGGUUGGGAUACGGUUGGAUUGCGGUCAUCGCGGAGCACAUGGAAGGGGUCGCGAUACUAUCAGGAGCUUUGCGCUAUGGUUUUGAUGGAGCAGAAACUGGACUCAUGGGACGGUGAAAUGCGCCUGUGA